AUGAGUUCUGGAAUUCUCAAGACUGACAAUGAGCGCAUUGUUGACGCGAAUGGCGACGCCGUUCUGCUGCGAGGCACUGCGCUAGGCGGAUGGAUGCUCAUGGAGAACUUCAUGAACGGUUUCCCUGGACGCGAACACCAAAUACGAGCCGCCCUUCUCAAGGUCCUCGGCCAAGAAAAGCACGACUUCUUUUUCGACAAGUUCCUCGAAUACUUUUUUACCGACAAAGAUGCCGAGUUCCUUGCUUCCCUCAAGUUCAACUGCCUCCGUCUUUGUCUCAACUACAGACAUUUUGAAGAUGACAUGAACCCUUUUGUUAUCAAGGAAGAGGGUUUCAAGCAUGUUGACAGAGUCAUCAACCUCUGCGCCAAGUAUGGCAUAUAUACCAUUCUCGAUCUCCACGCGCUUCCUGGUGGCCAGAACCAGGAUUGGCACUCCGACAACCCUACCGGAUACGCUGCUUUUUGGGACCACAAGCACUUCCAAGACCGAGCCAUUAACCUUUGGGAACACAUCGCGCGUCGGUAUAAAGGCAACCCUUGGGUCGCCGGUUAUAACCCUAUGAACGAGCCUGCCGAUUCUGAAUGGACGCGUCUACUGGCGUUCUAUGAUCGCAUCGUGCCAGCAAUCAGGAACAUUGACCCUGACCACGUUCUGUUCUUGGAGGGCAACACCUUCAGCAUGGAUUUUACAGGAUUCGACAAAGUCUGGGAAAAUUCCGUAUAUGCGAUCCACGAUUACUGCGGUUUCGGGUUCCCCAACCGUAUCGGCCGAUUCCAGGGUACACAAGAACAGGAAAGCUAUAUUCGAAGGAUGUACGACAGAAAGGUCGAGUUCAUGAAGAAGCAUAACGUGCCUAUCUGGAAUGCUUGGUCGAUUUGGUCAUACAAGGACGUCAACGUCAUGGGGAUGACCUAUGUCUCACCAGACUCCCCAUGGCUGAAACUACUCGGGCCAAUGAUCAAGAAGAAGCGCGAUCUUGCGGUCGAUUCCUGGGCUUAUGAUGACGCACAUCUUCAAGAUGGUCUCUUCGGUCCCUUGCACAAGUGGUUCGAGGACAACGUCCCAGCCCAGUACUCCAAGAAGUACCCUUGGCAAUGGCGCAUGCACAUGCAUGUAUUCCGCGGCAUUCGUGGAAUCACCCUUGCUGAGUACAUGAUACCUGAGUGGGCAGAUUACUUCAAGGAUAAGACGUUUGAAGAGCUGGAUGAGCUCGCAGCAAGCUGGAAAUAUGAGAACUGCAUACAGAGAGGCAGAUUAAACGAGAUAUUGGAACUCUAUGCACCUAUGAAAGCUGACGAUGAACGCUUGGAAGGCAAGGUCAUUGAAUCGGAGCAGAACUCAGGCGACGGUGCAAUCUCUAAAGAGCAAUCUGUUUCGGGAGUCGGUAUUUUUGAGCUAUCGCCUGAAGAAAAGGCAAAGGCUGAGCUCAAGAAGCAACAGCAACAGGGUCAACCUAUACCGGUUGCAGCAUAA